CGCGAGCUCAGUCCGCCUUCAGCUACCGUCGAGAGUGGAGUGAGUACCGCGCACCUCUCUGUGUUCCUUAUCGCGUCCAACAGGAUUUGGGAUUUUCGUUUGUAACAAAGUGUUUGGAAUCGAUCCAGUGCCGUCGUAUGGUUUUUCUGUUCAAAGCUAGUUCUGUUGCUGGAUAUCAAACAGAAUUUUCAGAUUGGCCUAUGGGGAUGUGACCGAUGACAUCGGGCGUGCGAGGGAGCCUACGAGAACAUGAACACUCCCCGCAAUCUACAUCUACUCCUUUUGUGUAUUGCCGCCGCAGCGGGUUUAGACAACAGAUGUUACCUGGAAAAUGGCGGUUCAGGCGAAAACUUCUUCGCAAGCGAGGACCUACCCCUUGGUUCCCUCAUAGGUAGCCUAAGGAUAAACGGUGAGGUGGGCCCAAGGGGUAAUAUAGAGCUAAGACUAGAAGAGGUAGACAGCCCAGUCGUUAUAGAACCAGGGACCAAAAAUUUGACGCUAAUUAAAAAAUUAGACAAAGAGGGCGAAAAUGGGAUCUCAUCUGUAUAUAUUCAUAUCCUGUGUACGCCAAAAGGUUCGACAGAUCCUAUUAAAAUCCCAGUAAACAUUAGGGUAAUGGAUGUCAAUGACAACGCACCACAAUUCGAAAAUGGCCCUUAUAUUUUGAAUAUAUCGGAGGUAACAGUAGUCGGAACCAGGGUAUUACAAGGGGUCAGAGCCAGAGAUAAAGAUCAGCAAGGACCUUUCUCAACUGUACAGUAUACUGUACUCCCAGGACCGAAUUCAGACCAUUUUGUAUUUGUAAAUGGACUGGAAGGUACACUUGUCCUACGAAAGCCUUUAGACUAUGAAACUUUACCUAACUUUACAUUAACUAUUCGUGCUCAGGAUCAAGGAAAUCCACCACAAUACUCAGACACAUCACUUUAUGUAAAUGUGAUCGAUGCAGAUGACCAAAAUCCUAGAUUCAUGGAUGAAAGAUAUUCAGCUAUUAUUCCUGACCAUGCACCUGUGGGAACUGUUUUAACAAUAAAACCAAAAGAGAUAUCAGCAGUAGAUCAAGAUGUGGGUAUUAGAGCUCCCAUAUUUUAUUCAUUCAAUUCAGCCGGAAGCGAUUAUAGGUUCUUUGAAAUUGACCAAGCCACAGGAAGAGUAACUAUUAAAAAAAUGAUUCCAGAAGAUGAACUUCUCCAACCAGCUACACUUGUGGUCAGAGCAACUCAAAGUGACAACAGAGACCGUUACGCACUCGCCACCCUCGCCGUAAGCAGACCGGGAACGUCAUUAAAGGAAUUACAAUUUUUACAGAGCCAUUAUUUAGCUGGUGUUUUAGAAAAUGUUCCUCUCAACAGUGUUCUUCUGACAGUGAUUACAAAUCGACACAGAGACAAGAGGCUACGUUUUUCCCUUAACAAGCAUGCAGACAUGUUUGGUGUUCUACCGAGUGGUGAUAUCAUACUAAAGAAACAUCUUGAUUAUGAAAGUGAGGACACCUAUAUAUUUCAAGUAUAUGCUACUGAUGGAGUACAGAAUGCUAGCGCCUUCGUAAAUAUCAGCGUUUUAAAUGUGAAUGAUUGGGAUCCAAGAUUCAGAUUCCCUCAAUACGAGUUCUUUGUACCAGAACUUGGAUCAGGAGGUGAAGCUAGGGAUAUCCCAGUUGGAAGAGUAGAAGUGGCAGAUGGAGAUAAAGGCGACAAAGUCAGCCUGGCCCUUCAUGGUUCUGCUGCAAGGAUGUUUACAAUUGACGAUGAAGGAAUCAUAAGGAUCACUGAUCUGUCAGCGCUGAAUAGUAGUACGGUUCACUUAGUGGCCGUAGCCACUGAUACUGGCAUUCCACCCAGACAAGCAUCAGUUCCAGUGAUAAUACAUUUACCUGAGGCCAUUGUAUGGAAAAGUGGAAUAGCAAAUAACAUGAUUAUGAUGGCAAUAUUCGGAGCGAUUCUCGGGCUUCUCGCUCUAAUUAUACUAGUCCUGAUUGUCUAUAUUCACAAACAUAGGCAACCAAAAUCAAAGAACCAGCUAGCAACGACAGCACAAGUAUUAAGUGCAAUCGAGUCUGAAAAAAUGCCACCAAUGACAAGGGAUUCAAUGCUAUUGGGCAGUGAAAUGUCAAUGCUUGAAAAUAAUAAUUUUAAUGAUGGCAAUUUGUCCAUGAGAAAUGAAAACAUGACCUUUGUUUCAAACACUAACAACAAGAAUGGAAAGGUUGAAAAUCCAGUCUUCACCCAGAAUGGAGGAACAACAGUUCCUAACAGCAGUUCGCAAUACACUGCAACAGUCAAAAGUAUAAUGGCACGUAAUACAAAUGGUCGUCUGUCAAAUACAGCUAAUCCAAAAAAGGCAGCCGCACCCUCCCCUCCACAGUUACCGUCGCAACAGAGGCUAGGUGGAACUCUCCAGAACAGGGUCUGGCCACCGGGUUCCAUUCCAAGAACAGUUAAAAAGUUGAGCUGGGAUGAUGAGAGUGAUUCAUCUCCAGGAGGAAACAAAGUUGAAAUUGACCCAGACGUAAGUGUAACACCCCUUGGAGACAUCAAAGCCUCAGAAAACAUGAACUUAACAGUCUACUUUUGAAGAAGAGUGUAUUUGUAAUGUAAAAGUACUGAAUUAAGUCGAAAUAAGAUGUAAUACCGUAAAUAAUAUGUGAUUAAUAAUACUGAAUGUAGCAUUGGCUUUAAAUAACUGAAAUUAGAGUUCUUUCUUGUUAGAUCCAAACCACUAAAUCUUUUAGGAGUUUGCAAUUAGGAUAGCUAUUACAGCUUUAUAAUUUUUUCAAACUAAGUCAUAUAGACCUAUGAAGUUGAAUCACAUUCUGUGUGUUCUCACAAAUCACAUUAUUUGUUCUCAAAUUAUGAUGAAAUCACUAAUUUAAUAUAAGACAAGAAACAUAUUCAUUAUGUUUAUAUCAAUUGUAACAAGCUAGAUAAUACAAAAGAUAAGGAUCUAGGAAGAAAGGAUUUUAUUUUGGAUAGCAGGAAAGAUCUUAGAUAACUUUAAAUUAUUGUUGUAACCAUUAAACAUAAAUGUAAAUAUGAAACUUUGUUAUGUAUUAUAUAUAAGCUUUAUUUUACUUACAUCGAACAGUUGUUUUUAUAACAAAGUUAUAUGCAUAUUUGUUAUAAAAUAUUAAAAUAGAUAUAACAAUUGUACAUAAUAUAUUUUGGGGGAAAAAAAUAAGAUAAAUAUAGAUAAAAUAAAAAUAAAAAUUUAAUGUGUGGAAAAGUUUUAAGUCGUAAUGAAAAAUUGUAAAUUUAUUUUCUGAAUAUAAAUCAACGAAUCAAAUAGUAAUGUGUAAAUUGUAAAUAAUGUUACAAAUAAGUCAAUAAUUGUAAAUCUCUUAUUAAUAAGAUUCAAUAAAAUUCAUUUUGAUUUAAAUGUCAAUUUAUUCUCCUUUUAUUAACUUACUUUUAAAUAAGAAAAACGUUAUUUGAAGAUUGGAUUGCAUGCCAAGCCCAACUUGAUACUUAUGUUUUGACAAGGUCAGUGUUGAUUUAUCCUUACAUUUACAACUGUGGUAUUACAUAGCCUGUAAUCUUCAACAUCCUGUUUCAUGAAUCUAUCCAUUAUAUUAUACUCCUUUAAAAGCACCAUAAAACAUUUUUUUUUUUUCUCAUAAACAAAAUAUUUAUAACUGAUUCCAUCCGCUAUUAACAUUUUGAAAGUUUACAAGAAUAUUAUUAUCUAAAAACUAAACUGUAAUAAUAAAAAAUUAUAGUCAGUGAGUUUAAUCAAAACUGAUAUAGUCCAUUAUUAGGACAUAACUCAAAGAAAUUUAAAGUCCCUUUUUUUUUUUCCUAG